CCUUUCUUUGUUUUUUAUUCAGAUUCCAUUUCCAGUGAGAGCAUUGUAGAGAACUGUUUUCUCUAAAAAUUUUGAAAUUUGAAGGCUCUGGUUGUCCUGUUUCACGUCUCCAAGUGGGUUUUAACAGUGUUUUAGGAAUUUAGACUUUAAUCCCUCACUGAAGUCGGUUUCUUCGAGUUUUGAGAUUUGGAUGCGAAAUUGGGAUUUGGGUUGUUUUCUUUUGACGAAAAGGUGAAGUUAUUUUGGCAAAUUGUCAUCAAAGCAAAGGGUGCAUUCAAAGCCUUUCUUGAUUGAGUUGUUUCUCCGUCUUUUACCACAUGUGAUUGUCUUUAUUUAACAAAAAAACGGCAAACUUCUUGGGAUUUAUUUCUGGGUGGCAGGAUUAGCAUUAUUACCACCCACUUACCAAAUCUUGCAUUUUGGAUGCAUCUUUAAAUGGUUUCAAGAAAUGGAAAUCUUCUUAGGUAUUAACUUGUUUUGGGAGUUUCUGGGUUGAGGGGUUUCUUGGAUCCAGAUACUUAAGAGGGAAAUCUUGGGAAAGUUGAAUUGGUAGUUGGGUUUUGAAUUUCAUUCACGAGAUUCCAAUUUCCUCAAAAGAAAGGUGUUAGGAGGAGUUCAAAUUUACCAACUAUCUUAGUGACAUGUGCUUCCAUUCAUUCAUGAUUGUUGGUUUUUGUUGUUUUUGAGUUGUUCUUUUGGGUACUCGAAGUUCUUUGGGAAGUCUGUUUGGAUAAAGGGAAGUAGGAGAGCAUUAGAAACUUUCUCUUCUUUUUUUCUUGUUUUUUAGGAAAUGGGACAUUCUGCUCCAGUUUGGGAUCACAAGGCAGCAGUUGAAUUGACAAAGGAUUGGAAUGGGAUUGAUCAAAUCGAUCUUCGGAACCCACAAGGGGCUUCUGCAAGGGUGAGCUUGCACGGAGGUCAAGUCACUUCGUGGCGGAGUGAUAGAGGUGAAGAACUUCUAUUCACUAGUAACAAGGCUAUCUUUAAGCCUCCAAAAGCAAUGCGGGGAGGAAUUCCUAUAUGUUUCCCUCAGUUUGGAAAUUGCGGAUCACUUGAGCAACAUGGAUUUGCAAGGAACAAAAUCUGGACCAUCGACAAGAAUCCUCCUCCUUUACACCCAAAUGAUUCUCUUGGAAAAUCCUUUGUUGACCUGGUACUCAAACCAUCUGAAGAAGAUCUGAAGUGCUGGCCACAUAGUUUCGAGUACCGUCUUAGGGUUUCUCUUGCAGCAGAUGGAAAAUUGACCUUGAUAUCGCGCAUCCGAAACAUCAAUGGCAAGCCGUUUAGUUUCUCAUUUGCUUAUCAUACGUACUUGUCUGUCUCUGACAUAAGUGAAGUGAGGAUUGAAGGGUUAGAAACACUGGACUAUCUGGACAACCUUUGCCAGAGAGAACGUUUCACAGAACAAGGAGAUGCCAUAACUUUUGAAUCCGAGUGGUGUGGAAUCCAUGGGAGAAGAAAUCAAGAGCAAUGUCAGAUUUUGGGGAUGAGGAGUACAAACAGAUGCUUUGUGUCAAUGGGGCAGCAAUUCAGAAACCAAUCACUUUGAAGCCAGGUGAAGAAUGGACUGGACGUUUGGAACUCACGGCUGUGCCUUCAAGUUUUUGUAGUGAGGGCCUUGGAUCCCCUUUACAAUAGUAUAACUGUUUCGGGUAAAAAUAUCGGCAUAGGUGGUAUCUCUAGGGUUUGUACGGUUGGUAGUAUAGUUUGAGUUGUGUGACUGGGAUCGUGAUAGAUCUCUAAUGGAGAGCAGAAAGCCUAUGUUUUUGCUAGCAUGCUGCUCCAAUUUUGUUUUGUUUUCCUUUCUUUUUAGCGGGAAAAUUUGGAGUUUAUUCAGUCAAAUAUCCACAUUCUUCACUA